UCAUCCCCUUCCCUCCCACGAUGCCCACCGCCACCGCCACCGCCACCCCGCCGCUGCCCUCCUCCUCCUCGCGGCGGCGCUGCCGCUGCUGCCCUGUCCUCCGCCGCCACGCGGUGCCCGGACUGCGGCUCCAACCCGGUCCCCUAUCCGCUGAGCACGUCCCCCACGUGCGGCGACCAGUCCUACAAGGUCCAGUGCGACGCCGGCGGGACCCUCCUCUUCGACACCCUCAACAACUCUUACCCGAUCACCUCCGUCGACCCGGAGAACCAGCGGCUCGUGGUCCAGCCCGCGAGCCUGCUCGCCAACACCUGCGUCACCUCCGACCUCGUCCACCAGGGCGUCCAGCUCAACUCCUCCUUGCCCUUCAACGUCACCAGCAGCAACACCAUCCUCUACCUCAACUGCAACUCCACGCUGCUCAACUCGCCGCUGAACUGCUCGUCGGCGAGCCUCUGCCACACCUACGUGAACGGAACGGCCGGCGCGGCGGCGUGCGGGGCGGCGGCGAUCUGCUGCACUUUCCGGGCGGGCGGGUCGACGACGUCCUACUCGAUCCGGGUCAGGGACGCGGGCUGCCGGGCUUACACGAGCUUCGUCAACCUGGACCCGAGCGAGCCCGUGAACCUCUGGCCCAAGCCCGGGAUGGAGAUCCAGUGGGUGCUGCCGCCAGAGCCCGUCUGCGGGGCCCAGUCGGACUGCGACGGGAAUGCCACGUGCCGGGCCGACCCGGCAGGGGGCGGGGUCAGCAGGUGCUUCUGCCAGCCCGGGCUCACGUGGGACCCCACCCAAGGAGUUUGUGUUGUGAAAGUGAUAUGUCAAGAUCCAGGUGGUUGUGGAACGGAUAGGACUGCUCUCAUAGCAGGUUUAACGUCUGGGAUAGGUGUGGCCCUUCUUGGAGCCAUCGUUGCUCUGUUGCUAUAUAGGCGUCAUCGGCGCAUUCAAGAGGCUCGAGAACGCCUCACCAGGGAGCGUGAGGAUAUCCUUAAUGCCAGGGGCGGCAGAGCAGCCAAAUUGUUCAUUGGGAAAGAAAUAAAAAAGGCGACGGCCAACUUUUCCAAGGAUCGGCUUCUCGGUGUCGGCGGAUAUGGCGAAGUCUAUCGAGGCAUCCUAGAUGAUGGCACUGUUGUCGCCAUCAAGUGUGCGAAACUCGGGAACACUAAAGGAACUGAUCAGGUCCUGAACGAGGUUCAGAUCCUGUGCCAAGUCAAUCACCGAAGUCUUGUUCGUUUACUCGGGUGUUGCGUCGAGCUUGAGCAGCCGCUCUUGGUUUAUGAGUACAUCGAGAAUGGUACUCUACUGGAUCAUCUCCGUGGUGAAGGACAGGGUAAAUUGUCCUGGACUCGUCGCCUCCAGAUUGCACAUGACACGGCCGAGGGCCUUGCUUACCUUCAUUUCUCAGCAGUUCCUCCGAUAUAUCACCGAGAUGUCAAGUCUAGCAACAUUUUGCUGGAUGAGAAGUUGAAGGCCAAAGUCUCGGAUUUUGGGUUAUCUCGGUUGGCUCACACUGAUAUGAGCCACAUAUCGACGUGUGCUCAAGGUACACUCGGAUAUCUUGACCCCGAGUACUAUCGCAACUACCAGUUGACUGAUAAGAGCGACGUAUAUAGCUUCGGAGUAGUGUUGUUGGAGCUCUUGACAUCUCAAAAGGUGAUAGACUUCAAUCGAGCGACGGAUGAUGUGAAUCUGGCGGUCUAUGUGCAGAGGAUGGUGGAGGAGGAGAGGAUAAUGGAUGUUGUGGAUCCAAUGCUAAAGGAACAGGCGAGCACUGCCAAUGUGGAGACCAUGAAGGCGCUCGGGUUUCUUGCCGUGGGAUGCUUGGAGGAACGGAGGCAGAACCGUCCUUCCAUGAAAGAAGUUGCCGAAGAAAUUGAGUAUAUCAUGAGUGUUGCAACGGCCGAAGUAGUAGAGAGUUAAUUCUGCAGAACCAGGUAACACAGUCGAAUAGUCAUGGGUAGUUUAUUUUUAUUGAUCAUGCGUGGUUGUUGUACUAGUCUCUAAGCACAAAGAUGGAGCCUUUCACAAUCCUGAAGUUUAUGUCUCUCAUGUAAUACAGAACCUCUUCAGAAGGCAGUUUUUUUACCGUAGGUUUACUGCUUGUUCUUGAAUUUAGCACUAGGAGAACCUUUUUGGACAGAAUGCGCAAAAGUAUAUUUUGUAGUGAAUAAGCUUUGACUA